UAUUUUUGAACACACAAAUUCAACAGCGCUUGCGCAAUUGUCUUGUAUGAACAACCAUAUGUGUUGUAUCGGUGAACGAGGCUGAGCAUUUUGGAUUAAAAAAAACAAAAACAGAAUGGGGAAGAAACAGAAAAAGUCAGGGGAAGACAGUGCCAAAGAUGAUGGCAUCGACAUCGACAAGCUAGCAGCAGAAAUCGAAGGUGCAGGAGCCUCCAAGGAACAAGGCAAAGGAAAGGCCAAAAAGAAGAAAGAAAAAAAGGAGGAUUUUGAUGAAGAUGACAUCCUAAAAGAGCUGGAGGAACUAUCUCUAGAAACCACAGGGGCUAAAGGCUUCAAGAAAGCAGACGAGCCUGAGAGUGCCCCUGAGGCAGCCCUGCCCACCAAGGCAGAGAAGAAGAAGACACGGAAAGGCAAGCGGGCCAGCCUGGAGGAUGACGAGGGGGACGACAAAGAGGUUUUGGGUACGGGUGACGUGGAAAACGGCGGAGGGGAAAAGGAGAAGAAGAGCGCUGCUGCCCCCGCUGCUGCUCCUGCUGGCUCAGACUCUGAGGACGAGGGCUCGCAGAACCGCCGGAGACCCAAGGCAGGGAGGAAAGACAGGGCGGCAUCGGAUGAGGACGUGGUGGAUGAAGAUGGUGGCGCGAGGAAAGCGGGAGAAGGUGGGGGCGGCGGAGGAGGAGGAGCGGAGGAUGAUUCAGACGGCUCAGUCGACGCGUCGCAGGCGGGGAAAAAAGGCAAGAAGAAGAAGGGGAAAGCCAAGGCCGACAGUGAGGAUGAGGAAGAGGAGGAGGGAGCCUUCAAGAUGAAGACUGCCGCUCAGAAGAAAGCAGAGAAGAAGGAGAGGGAGCGUAAGAAGAAGGAGGAGGAGAGGGCUAAGCUGAAAAAGCUGAAGGAGAAGGAGGAGGAGAAGGAGGGUGUUACGGAGGUGGCGGCCCCUAAGAAGGAGAAGGCGGUGGUGAAGAAGAGUGAGCCUGCAGCCCCAGAAGCAAAGGCUGCUGCCGAGAUGGGAGAUCAGGACGCGGCGGAUCCACAAGGAGAAGAAGAGGAAGGGGGAGACAAGAAGGGCAAGAAAGACAAGAAAAAGAAGAAGGGAGAGAAGGAGAAAGAGAAGGAGGAGAAAAAGAAGGGACCCAGCAAAGCUACGGUGAAGGCCAUGCAGGAAGCGCUGGCUCGCAUGAAGGAGGAAGAGGAGCGUGCGAAGAAGGAGGAAGAGGAGAACCUACGUCGCAUGGAAGAGCUGGAGGCUCAGAGACUGGAACAAGAGCGCCUCGAACAGGAGCGCAAAGAAAAGAAGAAACAGAAGGAGAAAGAGAGGAAGGAGAGGCUGAAAAAGGAGGGCAAGCUGCUGACCAAGUCCCAGAAAGAGGCCCGGGCCCGGGCAGAGGCUACCCUGGAGCUGCUGAAGGCCCAGGGUAUCGAAGUGCCAUCCAAAGACGAGUCAAUGCCAAAGAGGAAGCCGGUGUACGGAGACAAGCGGAAAAAGAAGCCCCAACAUGCACAGACCCCUGAAGAGACCUCCGAGGUGAUGUCGCCCACGUCGGAGACGGCCGAGCCCCUCCUCUCGCCGAUGGAGGUGGAAGCUCCAAAAGUCGAAGAGGUGGAACGAAAAACAGAAGCUGCAGUGGAUGACUGGGAAGCCAUUGCUGAGACCAUCGACCAGGAGAAAGAGCUGAAGAAGGUCCACAUCGAGGUGAAGCCAGAGACCCCAAAACAGCCCCAGCAGAAACCUCCAUCACAACCGGAGGAGGACGACGAGGAGGACGACGAGGAUGAGGAGGACGAGGAGGACGAGGAGGAGGGGGUGAACGAGGAGAGUGAGGAAGAGGAGGAGAAGGACGAGAGUCAGGCCCACACGCAGCAGGCCAGUAAGAGGAGGGGUGGGAAGGACAGCUCCGAGUCCAGCAGUGACAGUGACUCAGACGACGAUCGCACCAAAGAAGAGCGCAUCUACGAUAAGGCCAAAAGACGCAUUGAGAAACGGCGAGCGGAGAACAUGAAGAACAUCAACCUGGAGCAGCUCCGCUCCCCGGUGGUCUGUGUACUGGGCCACGUCGACACGGGCAAGACCAAGAUCCUGGACAAGCUGAGACACACACACGUCCAGGACGGAGAGGCUGGUGGCAUCACCCAGCAGAUAGGAGCCACCAACGUACCUCUGGAGGCCAUCAUAGAGCAGACCAAAAUGGUGAAGAACUUCAACAGCGAGUCGAUUAAAAUCCCUGGGAUGCUCAUCAUCGACACCCCGGGCCACGAGUCUUUCAGUAACCUGAGGAACCGAGGCAGCUCCCUGUGUGACAUCGCCAUCCUAGUGGUAGACAUCAUGCACGGCCUGGAGCCUCAGACCCUGGAGUCCAUCAACCUGCUCAAAGAGAAGAAGUGCCCCUUCAUCGUAGCCCUUAACAAGAUCGACCGUCUGUACGACUGGAAGAAGAGUCCGGACACGGACGUGGUGGCCACCCUAAAGAAGCAGAAGAAGAACACCAAGGACGAGUUUGACGAGCGGGCCAAAGCAGUCAUCGUGGAGUUCGCCCAGCAGGGCCUGAACGCAGCCCUCUUCCACGAGAACAAGGAUCCCAGGACGUUCGUGUCUCUGGUGCCCACAUCAGCCCACUCCGGGGACGGCAUGGGCAACCUGAUUGCCCUGCUGGUGGAGCUCACCCAGACCAUGCUGGCGCGUCGCCUGGCCCACUGCGACGAGCUCAGGGCUCAGGUCAUGGAGGUGAAGGCCCUGCCUGGGAUGGGUACCACCAUAGACGUGAUCCUGAUCAACGGGGUUCUCCGGGAGGGGAUGACCAUCAUCGUCCCAGGGGUGGAGGGGCCCAUCGUCACCCAAAUCAGGGGGCUGCUGCUGCCCCCACCCAUGAAGGAGCUCCGGGUCAAGAAUCCAUAUGAGAAGCAUAAGGAGGUGACCACGGCGCAGGGGGUGAAGAUCUUGGGGAAGGACCUGGAGAAGACCCUGGCUGGGCUCCCCCUGCUGGUGGCCCACAAGGAGGACGAGGUGCCUGUGCUCAGGGAUGAAUUGAUACGGGAGUUGAAACAGACGCUGAACAGUAUCAAGCUGGAAGAGAAGGGUGUGUAUGUCCAGGCCUCCACCCUGGGAUCCCUGGAAGCCCUGCUCGAGUUCCUUCGAGUGUCCAAAGUGCCUUAUGCUGGCAUCAACAUUGGCCCGGUCCACAAGAAAGACGUUAUGAAAGCUUCCACGAUGCUGGAGCAUGACCCACAGUAUGCAACGAUCCUGGCGUUCGACGUGAAGGUGGAGAGGGACUCGCAGGAGAUGGCUGACAGCCUUGGCGUCAGGGUGUUCAGCGCCGAGAUCAUCUACCACCUGUUUGACGCCUUCACCAAAUACAGAGAAGACUACAAGAAAGCCAAGCAGGAGGAGUUCAAACACGUUGCUGUGUUCCCUGCCAAGUUGAAAAUCCUGCCCCAGUUCAUCUUCAACUCCAGAGACCCGAUCGUCAUGGGAGUCAGUGUGGAGGCCGGUGUUCUCAGACAGGGAACCCCACUCUGUGUGCCAACCAAGGGGUUUGUGGACAUCGGCAUUGUGACCAGCAUUGAAAUCAACCACAAGAUGGUGGACAGUGCCAAGAAGGGCCAGGAGAUAUGUGUAAAGAUCGAGCCCAUCCCCGGGGAGUCGCCCAAAAUGUUCGGACGACACUUCGAGGCCACUGACAUCCUCGUUAGCAAGAUCACAAGAGCGUCCAUCGAUGCCCUAAAGAACUGGUUCAGAGAUGAAAUGGGCAAAUCUGACUGGCAACUAAUCAUGGAGCUCAAGAAGACUUUUGAGAUCAUCUGAACAGACGGACACCUCCAUCUCUUCAGACGGCCACUGAUCCACUUAUCCACACACACACACACACACACACCGCUGAUCAUGUGACACCUGAUCAAAUAUACACAGACAUUCAUAAAUGGGGAGAGUUGUGCAGUGUUGCACCAUUCCCCCUUCUCUCCCCCCCCUGCUCAUCCCCUGUGGUGGGCUGUGG